UACACAGUGAUAGAGAGGAGGAGGAGGGAUGGAAAGCGCAUCCUCACAUCUAUCAGGGACUUAGACACCAUCCUGAGUGAAGUGAAGUGAUCACCCUCUACUUACCUGCUCUCACACUAGUGUCCCUCUGUGAUCACAGCCUGGUCUGGACCAGUGAGAUUCCCUCUACACCUAUACCAGAGACUUCAAAACCUCCAGGAAAACCCACUGGCUAACUAUCCUCAGCAGUGUGGAUCUUGUCCUGCUCAUCCAGUGGAAAUACCCAGUGUAACUGGUCUAUGUGGACCUGUUCACGUCUGGAUCUGCUUAACUGAUGUCUCCUCACUAAAACAACACCUGGGAUAUCCAGAAAGGACAAAUCAUAAAAUCCUGGUCUCUUUGAAUUGGACUGGACAUAUCAUAAUCUCAUAUGGGACAUAUCCAACAUGAUGACAAGUACGUGAAAAGAGAAGAAAGUUAACAUUGCAAUGGGGCCUGCUGAUGUAGUGAUGCCUCUGACCAGUCUUCUGUGAAAUAUGGAGAAAUCUGGUCCGAUGCUGGCCUCUAUUCCCAAUCGCACAGGGGCCAACCUCACAACUGGCCUAUGGGGACCCAACCCCACAGUCCCCGCAGAGGUGGGAGUGGUCACCAGCUCCCAGUCUCAGAUCAAAGAUCUGAUUGGGCUGUUUGCAAUGGUGACCCUUAAUCUCAUCGCCCUAUUGGCCAACACUGGAGUCAUGGUUGCCAUCGCCCGCGCCCCUCACCUGAAGAGGUUUGCCUUUGUGUGCCACCUGUGUGCAGUGGACCUGCUGUGUGCCAUCCUCCUCAUGCCACUGGGCAUCAUCUCCAACUCACCCUUCUUUGGCACCGUGGUGUUCACCGUGUUGGAAUGCCAGGUCUACAUCUUCCUCAAUGUGUUCCUCAUCUGUGCCUCCAUCCUCACCAUCACCGCCAUCAGUGUGGAGCGCUACUACUACAUCGUCCAUCCCAUGCGCUACGAGGUGAAGAUGAGCAUCAAUCUAGCCAUCGGCAUAAUGCUCCUCAUAUGGGUCAAGUCCAUCCUUCUGGCCCUGGUCACCCUGUUUGGUUGGCCUGCCUACGGGGCCCACAGCUCCAUCGCUGCCAACCACUGCUCCCUCCACUGGAGCCACAGUCGGUUGAGGAAGGUGUUCGCCGUGCUCUUCAGUGUGGUGUGUUUCCUGUUACCUGCCAUUGUCAUCUUUGCUGUCUACUGUAACGUGUACAAGGUGGCGCGCUCGGCUGCCUUGCAGCACGCACCCGCGACAACCACCUGGGCCUCGUCCAACCCAGCCAAACGUGCCAACCGUUCUGACUCCAUCAACAGCCAGACCACCAUCAUCACCGCCACACGCAGCCUGCCCCAGAGACUGUCCCCUGAGAGGGCAUUCAGCGGGGGUAAGGCUGCCCUCACCCUGGUGGUCAUUGUGAGCCAGUUCCUGCUCUGCUGGCUGCCUUACUUCUCCUUCCACCUGCACUUGUCCUUCAGAUCGUCCCUGCAGAGUCCUGGGGACGUGGAGGAGGCCGUCACCUGGCUGGCCUACUCCUCCUUUGCUGUCAACCCUUUCUUUUAUGGCCUUCUCAACAGACAGAUCAGGGAGGAGUUGGUCAAGUUCCGGCGCUGCUGCUCCUCCGGGCCGGUGGAGCUGGUGGCCUCCAGCCAUGAGGGCUCCUUUCAGGAGAACUUCCUCCAGUUCAUUCAGAGAACGAGCAGCACGGCCGACAAGCGCUCCAGCUGCACCAACUCCAGCCCCAGGAACACUCUGGACCAGGGGAUCAGAAUACCUGGCCAGAUACCAGAGGAGCAUGGCUAAACAGAGGCCAGUGGAUAGCACACUUCAAUUUGGACUGUUAAUAUGACAGCCCUCGGUACUCGUAGCACCCUGAGUUUUUCCUGAUUAUAUGUCCUGAGGCCUGUGGCCUCAACAUCAUGUUCGUUAGUCUCAUCUUUCCAUAGUUUGUAGGCCAAACCGUUGGUACGCUACAGAUGAUUUUGUGAGCAGACCGAUUUUCGGGAUUGUCUCGUGGUCUGACAAACAUCGCUCUAGUUUUGUCACCUUUCACGACAGAUGCAGAAUUGUGAUAUAGGCAGAUGUGGUGGAUUGAGAGGCAUCCAAUCCCAAAACAAACACAUCCCAAGCUUAAAUUUUACAGAUUUUUCUGGGGAUUGUUUUAUUAUUACAAUUAGACUGACACAGGGGCGCGGACAUCAACCUUAGGGGGUUAAAGUGUAUGCUUGUUUCAUAUAAUGUUGUAUGAAUUAUAAACUCAGCAAAAAAAGAAACGUCCUCUCACUGUCACCUGCGUUUAUUUUCAGCAAACUCAACAUUUGUAAAUAUUUGUAUGAACAUAAGAUUCAACAACGGAGACAUAAACUGAACAAGUUCCACAGACAUGUGACUAGUCCCUAAACAAAGGGGGGGUCAAAAUCAAAAGUAACAGUCAGUAUCUGGUGUGGCCACCAGCUGCAUUAAGUACUGCCGUGCAUCUCCUCCUCACUCUUCCACCAAGGCACCUGCAAGUUCCUGGACAUUUCUGGGGGGAAUGGCCCUAGCCCUCACCCUCCAAUCCAACAGGUCCCAGACGAACAGUAUGGCUGGUGGCAUUGUCAUGUCAGGAUGAGCCAGGAUGUCAGGAUGAGCCUGCAGGAAGGGUACAACAUGAGGAGGAUGUCUUCCCUGUGAUGCACAGCGUUGAGAUUGCCUGCAAUGACAACAAGCUCAGUCCGAUGAUACUGUGACACACCGCCCCAGACCAUGACGGACCCUCCACUUCCAAAUCGAUCCCGCUCCAGAGUACAGGCCUCGUGUAACGCUCAUUCCUUCAACGAUAAACGCAAAUUCGACCAUCACUCCUGGUGAGACAAAACCGCAACUCGUCAAUGAAGAGUACUUUUUGCCAGUCCUGUCUGGUCCAGCGACGGUAGGUUUGUCCCCAUAGGCAACGUUGUUGCACGUGAUGUCUGGUGAGGACCUGCCCUACAACAGGUCUACAAGCCCUCAGUCCAGCUUCUCUCAGCCUAUUGAGGACAGUCUGAGCACUGAUGGAGGGAUUGUGCAUUCCUGGUGUAACUCGGACAGUUGUUGUUGCCAUCCUGUACCUGUCCUAGCCAUCCUGUACCAGGUGUGAUAUUGGGAUGUACCAAUCCUGUGCAGGUGUUGUUACACGUGGUCUGCCACUGCGAGGACGAUCAGGUGCCGUCCUGUCUCCCUGUUGCGCUGUCUUAGGCGUCUCACAGUACAGACAUUGCAAUUUAUUGCACUGGCCACAUCUGAAGUCCUCAUGCCUCCUUCCAGCAUGCCUAAGGCACGUUCACACAGAUGAGCAGGGACCCUGGGCAUCUUUCUUUUGGUGUUUUUCAGAGUCAGUAGAAAGGCCUCUUUAGUGUCCAAAGUUUUCAUAACUGUGACCUUAAUUGCCUACCGUCUGUAAACUGUUAGUGUCUUAACGACCGUUCCACUGGUGCAUGUUCAUUCAUUGUUUAUGGUUCAUUGAACAAGCAUGGGAAGCAGUGUUUAAACUCUUUAAAAUGAUGAUCUGCGAUGUUAAUUGAAUUUUUACGAAUGAUCUUUUUUUGCUCAGUUUAUAUUCUGAAAUAACAUUUAUGGACGUGUUUACUCAUGUUUCCAAUGAACAGGAAAAAAGGUAUUGGAAUACUUUCCUAUUUUAAAAUUGUACAGCAGGAUUGUAAAGCUUCUAAUUAACUUUCUCUCAUUAACACAUUAUUUAAAUAAAGCAUAAUUACAAGAGUAACAACAAUAGAUUUAUCUUUUCUAAUAAUUACAAUAAUUAAAACCAUCUUACAGUGAAAAA